AUGGAUCUCAAAGUGAUCGGCGUGCUCUCCGUCAUCCUCGUCGUAGCCCUCAGCACCUUGGCAGAGGGAAAGACAUUACCAAGUAAAUGCCAGUGUAAACUGGCUCCCAGGGAGCGGAGGAACUGCGGCUUCCCGGGAAUCUCAGCAGCGGAGUGCAGGAAAGCUGGUUGCUGCUUCAACGCUUCAGUCCCUGGUGUUCCCUGGUGCUUUGCUCCUAAAGCAAAGAAAGUUAGGAAAGUAUGUCCCAACGAUCCUCACGGCAGGAUAAACUGCGGCUACCCCGGCAUCACGGCUAAGGAGUGCGAAAGGAAGGGGUGCUGCUUCAGGGCGCAUCCCGCUGGUGUCCCCUGGUGCUUCUACCACCGCGUGGUGGAGGAAGCUUGUUAAAGAAGAAACUUCCAUCAAGAACCUUGUGAUCUUUGGACCUACUCCAAUGGGAAACAACAGCUGGAUGUCCCAACUGAGACUUU